AUGAGAGAGAGAGCUUUACUGAUUCCUAACAAGCAGGGACUCAAAGAAAGAGAGAGAGGGAUGACGAAGAAACUGGUCACAUUUCUCAGGCACCUGAAAACGUGCCGCUUAUUUUAGGACGCGUGUUGCUUAUUGAUGAGAAGGGGAGUGUUUAAUCUACUUCCACUCUGAGGGUGCGCUAAUGGUGACUGUACAUGACAGGCAGGUGAAUGAGAACACUCCUCACAGUCAUAUCCUGCCAUAGAUACAGACGGACCAGAGAGCAGCAUCUGAUCAUCCUUGAUCACAACUGAUAUCUCAACUGAUCUCGUUAUAUAUAUCUUUACAUAAUUUUUUACAGAAAUAUUUGCUGUUUUUUUUUUAUCUAUAUUUCAUCGCUGGCUGGGGUUUUCUGCCCAUGCUCCGCGCACAGUCUUGUGGGUCUGAGCUCCGGGAUAGUACACUGUGUACAUAUGCUUUUGCAGCUCCUGAGUCUCUCACUUGUGUUAACGAAACUCCAGAGUGACAAGAAGCGAAAAGCAGUCCAGCUUUAAAAGUCCACAAUUAUUCCACUUGGAAGCGAGAAUCGACCAGAGAACAUGGAAAAUAGUCCCGGUGGUGGUGUCAUCCUGUACGCCGGCUCAUCUGGCAGCUCCAGUCCAAGUCCCGGAAGCCCAUCAAGCGGAUACCAGACGCAGUCGCCAUCCUCCCACUCCCAACCCUCGUCCCCAGAGGCCGUCUCCUUCCAGGAGAUCGGGGUGCUAAAGCAAAGAGGGGGCCAUGGAGGAGGAAGCAUUUCCCCCAAAAUGGUCUUCCAGUUCCCAGAAGUGAACAGUGCUCCUGUUGCUCAUAUUACCGCAGCGUCAUCAGCAACCUACAGCCACCCCACAGCUGCCAAAAGGUCCUGCAGUUUCACUGGGACAUUCACCAAGACUGGGGGUAUGGUGCUUUUAUGUAAGGUGUGUGGAGACAUCGCAUCCGGCUUCCACUAUGGUGUCCACGCCUGUGAGGGCUGCAAGGGUUUCUUCAGAAGAAGCAUUCAGCAGAACAUCCACUACAAGAUGUGCGUGAAGAACGAGAACUGUCACAUCAUGCGCAUGAACCGUAACCGGUGCCAACAUUGUCGCUUCAAGAAGUGUCUCUCUGUGGGCAUGUCUAGAGAUGCGGUGCGUUUUGGGCGUAUUCCCAAGCGGGAGAAACAGAGACUAAUGGAUGAGAUGCAGAGCUAUAUGAACAGUCUCAAUGGACCAGCUUCCGGGCAGAUGGAGGUACCGCCUCCAGCCGAUGGCCCCUGCAGUCCGCUCAACCAGAUGAACAUUGGACCCAGUUCUGUAUCACAGUCUUACCCCAGCGAGCAGAAGCCGGUCAAGAUGGCAGCAGGCAGCGGCAGCCUGGGGACUCCAUCUUUCCAGAGCGGCGCAGUGCAGGAUGUUGGCAUGUCAGCCCAGAAUCUGAACCAGGUUCAGGUGGAGCAGCUAAAUGUUGCAACAAGCUACCAUCUCACUGCAAACUUCCAUGCUGCACCCUGCAGUAAUGCAAGCUCCACAAACGCAAAUGUCAGCAAUGCCAACUACUCCUUCUCCAAUCAGAACCAAUGUCCAGUUAGUGGCAGCAUAUCCUCUCAGACCUUCAGUCAUGGUGUCAUGCCAGACAGAGAUAACCAGAACCCAACAUCCUGUCCCUGGAAGCUGAAUGGAGGUGCCAAAGUGCUUGCGUGCCCUCUCAAUUCGUGUCCCGUGGCUCCAGCAAGUCGCUCCAGUCAGGAAGUGUGGGAGUCGUUCUCCCAGUGCUUCACCCCUGCAGUUAAAGAAGUGGUGGAGUUUGCAAAGAGCAUUCCAGGAUUCCAAACUCUGAGCCAGCACGAUCAGGUCAUGCUGCUCAAAUCUGGCACUUUCCAGGUUCUCAUGGUAAGGUUCUGCUCAUUGUUUGAACCCAUAGAGAGAACGGUCACCUUCCUUAACGGACAAACAUACUCACUGACAUCACUGAGGGCUCUGGGUAUGGGCUCCCUGUUGGAUGCCAUGUUUGACUUCAGUGAGAAACUGGGAUCUCUGGGUCUGGAACAAGAUGAGAUGGCUCUUUUUAUGGCCGUUGUUCUGGUGUCUGCUGACCGCUCCGGCAUUGUAGAGGUGGGAGCAGUGGAGCAGUUGCAGGAGAACCUCAUAAAAGCUCUGCGUUCCCUCAUCACCAGUCGCCGGCCGGAUGACAGCACGCUCUUCCCAAAGCUGCUGCUGCGCCUGCCGGACCUGUGCACACUGAACAAUCAUCACUCUGAGAAGCUAUUAGCUUUUCGCAUAGACCCUUAAGUGAACAUUUUAUCACAGAGUCAUGAGGUAUCCACCUUUGGGGUCCUCUUUGCUCUCCACGUGAGCCUGGGUUGCUAGAUUGAGCACCAUGGCCUCUGCAUGACAGACAGUUGUUUCAGGAGCCGUGCCAAGUUUAUCUCUAUCAGGGUGAGGACUGGAAAAACACCAGAGGAGAACAUCAGCACAACAAGAGGUGAAGGAUCCUUAACUUUAGAGCUUCCAGCUGGAUUGCCAAGAGGAAACGGACUGUAUUCUUCCAUGAGUUUCCUCAAGCCGGUGUCAAAGCAUCACCUUUCCCUCACCCAGCCUUUGGAGUUUAUCAGAGACAAACUUUUUGUACUGAAGACCAAAAGAAAAAAAAAAGGACAGAGCUUGUUCUUUCUCAUCAGUCUAUGUUCUCCUGUCCCAGCUAAUGAAUCUAUCAAGAAGAAAGAACACACUGUUGAUAUAAAAAGAAACAUUUGCCAACACAGAUUUGGUAUUCUGCUCUUCCCAUGUACAAAAAAAUAAAUCUAAAUAUAAAGUUUGUCAUAGCAAAGACCAUUUCUAACAUCCAAUUAGGAGGGCUGUUUGUGCUUGCCCUGUCAAAAUCAAAUAAGCUAUUUUCACAUGUUAUCAUGUGGGGAAUCUUCACUGAAAUCAUCCAUUUGUGAUUGAGAUAUGUUUGAUAUUUUUUAAGGAAUGAGUUGUAUUUAUACACGCUAUAAAUAUUGGUCAUUUUAGACCAUGUUUGAAUAGAUAUAUGUAUAUGUUAAGGUAUCCUGUUGUAAAUUUUGUACAGAGCUGGUUGUAGUUGCUUCCUUGAUAGAUGCAGAUAAAUAUAAAUGUAAAAUUGAGUUAUUAAAAGCUGCCAGAUUGCUCUAUAGAGAAUUUUCACCAUGUUCUUUGAGGAUAUGGUUUUUACUUGGACAUAUACACCUGAAAUAAAUGUAUUGUCACUGACAUCAUCAGCUUAUGUAUAUUUUGUAAAUGUCUAUAGUCCCAACAUAGAGAACCACUAUUAAAAAAAUAUUAUAUAGCAA